AGUUUCCAUUCUCUCCAUAGGCUCCGCCCCCCGCGCUCCACUCUCGGAGCUCGGAGAUCUCCGUCCUACCGAGCCUAGGACUAGAUUCCGUUCGUAAACGCUCUCCCCUGGCAGAAUCGGACUCGGAGACGUUCGGGUUUCUCCGGCUCCACCGCUCUGGAAAUAAGGAUGUCACUGACGUCAACUGCCUCUUGGAUAUCACCAUCCUCCUCCUCUACAUUAGCCACUACUCCAGAAAAUUACUCCUUUUUCUCCAUGUCUUACUUCACUUCGCAAGAGAUGAAAUGUGUCCUACAUUGGUUUGCCAGCUGGUCCGAUCCCCAGCGUGAACGUUUCCUGCAGGACUUGGUAGCAAAGGCAGUGCCAGGCAAACUACAACCCCUCUUAGAGGGAUUGGAACAGCUUAGUGUGUCUGGAGCGGACCGACCACCACGCAUCUUUGAUUGCCAGCUCCGACUCUGGGACCAGUGGUUCCAAAGUUGGGCUGAGGAGGAGCGCAACGAGUUUGUCAGACAACUGGAGGCCAGUGAGCCAGACUUUGUAGCAAAGUUUUAUCAAGCAGUAGCUGCCACAGCUGGUAAGGACUGAUAGGAGUCAGCAUCAUAAAAGACAGUAUGACUCUGAUAGAGUUGGGUCGAUGGCUUUGAUGUGGGAGUGCCCAGAUGAGAAGGAAAUGUCUAGGGAUGACACCCAGGUCUGUUUUCAGAGUUAUUGUUGUUGGACUUCUAGCCUAUAGAUCACUACAGAUUUUAAAAACAAAGCCAAUCCAAAUCAUUGGGCUAUUCUUCUGCUUCCUCCAAAUAAUCCUCUAAAAUUCCUAAGACUGUAUCAUGCUGACUUUCUUUGAAAGCUGUCUCUGAAAAGAAUUGAAAUAUCAGAAACCCCGAUCUCCCUAGAGUUGGUCCACUGGAGGGGGUGAAGGGUGGGGAAGUGAGUGGAACACUCCUGCUAUGGGAGCAAGCUAUACCCGGUGGAUAUCAGUUCAAAGAGCUUAGCUAAAUCUGGACCAGUGAUCUCCUGGACCCCUGUGGUUUGUAAGCUUAAGUGUUAGGGUAUCAAUGGGUCAGUCAAAUGGAGUAGAGAUGAUUACAUGCCAAACCUAAGAGCCCUGGUUCACAGUAUUUUUAGAGCCAGUAGCAAGAGUUUUUAUUUCAUAAUUUAUCUCUACCAAGAUUAUGGAAACAAAUGUCAUGUCCUAUGGGAUAGAAAAUUUAUUUUUGUAAUUCAGGAAAUAAUAGGUACUGGGAAUACAAAGACAAAAAUUAAAAUGGUCUUUGCCCAGGUACUUGUACCAGAAUAAAAGGAUGCUCUUGUUGAA